AGUGCGCUCGCGGCCGCGAAUUUGUCGCGUGUCUGGCAGAGACUGCGGCGGCAGCGGUUCGGUCCACAUGCUGGACGGUUCUAGACAGGUCCGGAGCGGACUAUAGAAGCCGCGCGGAACAUGGCUGAGAGGCUGGAGUGGGUGGAGAUCAUCGAGCCGCGCACACGGGAGCGCAUGUACGCCAACCUGCUGACGGGGGAGUGCGUGUGGGACCCCCCUCAGGGAGUGUGCAUCAAGCGGACCGGUGACAACCAGUGGUGGGAACUGUUUGACCCCAACACCUCCCGCUUCUACUACUACAACGCCUCCAGCCAGCGGACGGUGUGGCACCGCCCCCAGGGCUGCGACAUCAUCCCGCUGGCUAAGCUGCAGACUCUGAAGCAGCACACAGAUGCUGGCAACCCCCGCCCCCCUGGAGGGGGCAAGACGUCUGCUGACAACAGCCCAGGGCGGAACAGCCGGGAGGGAAGCACCUCCUCUUCUGUGGACCAAGAUGCCUCGGAGAAGCAGGCUAGCAGGGAGGAGGCAGACAGGACGUCUCCGUUUAGGUGGAACACUGGGACGAAGGAGCGCAUGCUGAUCAAAGUGACGGACAGAGAGCCCAGCUUUCUGGCUCAUCAGGGAAAUGGUUAUUCUCCCUGUGAGUCCCCAACCCCAGGUGUCCCAUUCGGAGGGGGCACCGCAUCUCGGACACGUCGAUCCUCAGGAGGGGUCCAGUCCUCAGAGCCUGACAGCUCUCCUGUCCUCUACGCCGACCGCCGCCAGUCGCCAUUUUUAAAGAGGGCGGAGCUGGCCUGCACGUCCGCUCACCGACACCCCUCAACCGACUCCCAGCCGCCUUCGCCCCGCUACGCCUUUGAGCCCCCACUGUACGAAGAGCCGCCCACAGAGUACCAGCCCCCGCCCAUCUACGAGGAGCCUCCCACGGACAUGCACCUUCCUGACUCUGGCUCAUUCUACGGCUCUGGAAAGUCGCCUGCACGCAAGUCCUCGGCCCCCUUGUACCAUUCCCCUAAGCAGAACCAGUCCCCUUACGGGCAGCUGGUUCUGACCCGGCAGAAGUGUCCCGAGAAGACUCAGAGUCUGGAGUACAGUCCUGUAGGGAAGGAGUAUGUCAAGCAGCUGGUAUAUGUGGAGCAGUCGUCCUCCAGCCCCCGCUUUAAAACCACGGACCGCCUGCUGCGAUACGGCACCACAGGAGGUUACGGCGCCUCCUACGGAGGGUCCUACACACUGCAGCACAGCCAGUCUCUAAUCCGAGACCCCCGCCUACUCCUAGACUACACUGGGGAGGGAGGAGAAGGGGGCCAGAGGCUGCUGUACGAGGAUUCUCUGUCCUGGACGUCAAACCAGACGCACUCUUUGUCUUCAGCUGGCACCUUCUCCCCCAGCAGCAACCGCAAACGCAAAAGCCGCAAGCCGUCCCUUCCCCAGGAGCUGGGCCGAUGCGGGGAGGGGGAGCUGGCGGGCACGGCCUCAGAGGCCAUGCUCACCCAGGCCCGGCUGGCCUGGGAGGCCCAGCAAGUGAUGAAGCAGAGGUGCAGCUGGGACUCGGGUCACGGAGACAGCGGGACCCAGGGUGGGGGCUCCAAGGAUGGCUAUGAGAGCGACGGGGCGGUGCCCCUGCCACUACCAGGCCCUGUGGUCAGGGCUUUCAGCGAGGAUGAGGCGCUGGCACAGAGCGAUGUCCACCACUGGAAACGCAGCACCUUUGACCGGCUGGGCUUCCCGCAGGCACUGCUGGAGAAGAGCCUCUCUGUCCAGACCAGCCUGGCUUCACCAGAGCCGUAUCUCCAUCCCUCACAGUCUGAGGAUCUUGGGGCAUGUGCCCAGUUUGAAGCCAGUCGCAACGCUAGGAACAUGAUGCCGAGCGCCAGCUGCGGCAUUUUCCCUGAGUUCAGUCUGAGGAAGCCCUCCUCCGAGACGGAUAUCGAGAACUGGGCGUCAAAGCACUUCAACAAACACACGCAGGGUCUGUUCAGAAGGAAGGUGUCCAUCGCCAACAUGCUGGCGUGGAGCAGUGAGCCCAUCAAGAAGCCCAUGAUCGUUACGUCGGACCGUACCGUGAAGAAAGAGGCGGUGGAGAUCUUCAAGCUCGUCCAGACCUUCAUGGGGGACCGCCGCUCCAAAGCUGACCCCCUCUCUGUGGCACUGGAGGUGGUAGUCCGGGGGUGGAGCAACCAGGGUCUGCGUGAUGAGCUCUACAUCCAGCUGUGCCGCCAGACCACAGAGAACUUCAGGUAUGACAGCCUGGAGCGCGGCUGGGAGCUGAUGGCCAUCUGCCUAGCCUUCUUUCCGCCAACACCGCGCUUCCACGCCUACCUGGAGGGCUACAUCUGCAGACACAUGGACCCGCUGAACGACACCAAAGGAGUGGCCAUCAGCGGCUAUGCCAAACACUGCUACAGGAAGCUGAUGAAAGCGGCUCUGACUGGAGCCAAGAAGGGUCUUCAGAAACCCAGUCUGGAGGAGAUCAGGCACGCCAGGAACGCCAUUUUCAACCCCUCCAUGUUUGGCUCCUCCCUGGAAGAGGUGAUGGCGCUGCAGAAGGAUCGGUACCCGGAUCGCCAGCUGCCAUGGGUGCAAACCCGCCUCUCUGAGGAGGUUCUGGGUCUGAAUGGGGACCAAACAGAGGGUAUCUUCAGGGUUCCAGGAGACAUAGACGAGGUCAACGCCCUUAAGCUGCAGGUGGACCAGUGGAAGAUCCCCACCGGACUUGAGGAUCCCCACAUCCCAGCAUCUCUGCUCAAGCUUUGGUACCGUGAGCUGGAGGAGCCGCUCAUCCCACACGAGUUCUACAACGAGUGCAUUCGCCACUAUGACAACCCAGAGGCGGCAGUCAACGUGGUGCUGGGUCUGCCUCACAUCAACAAACUGGUGCUCUGCUACCUCAUCCGCUUCCUGCAGGUGUUCGCCCAGUCCGCCAAUGUGGCCAUCACCAAGAUGGACGUGAACAACCUGGCCAUGGUCAUGGCCCCCAACUGCCUGCGCUGCCAGUCUGACGACCCCCGGGUGAUCUUUGAGAACACCCGCAAGGAGAUGUCUUUCAUCCGGGUGUUGAUCCAGCGGCUGGACACCAGUUUCAUGGACGGGAUCCUAUAGCCCGGAUCCAACGGACCCCUUCCUGGAGGGAUCGAAAACUGCCUCCACCUGUUUCCUGCCAGUUUAACUUCAACUGUUUUUGUCUUGUGUGGGUGUGGUCACCGUUAGUGUGGGCGUGGUCAUCAGCCGUGUGCCUUUAGGAACUGACGCAGCGCACGCGCUCAGUUGAUCAGCAGACCUCCUUUAUCUCGACGAUACGUUUUUUAAAGACAUUCUGCCAUGUGCACUCCCGCCGUGCACAGCGCCUCAUGUACAGCAUCAUGAUUGAAUGAACACAGCGCAUGUUUAGUCUCAGUCACGUGUGCACCCUGUGGACCCCGGAAUAUCCCACAGAGGAAUAUUCAUUGAUGUGCACAUCUGGGAUGGUGGGGGGCGAAGAAGAUGUGUGUGUUGUUGUUUGAGUAAACAAACCGUAAACAUGUACAGACAUGGGGGUGGGGGAUGAAAGCUGCCUUGGUCUCACUCUGACCCGUUUUAGUCCAAACCCACAGACUCCUCUUCUGCUGUUCCUUUUCACAAGUCAGCAUUUCAGAGCUGCUGUCUGAGCGAAUCAAGCACCAUGUUCGACGUGGCGGUGAAGAUGGAGGCAGGGCCUAGGUGGUCAGUGAUGUCACAAACAGGUUAAACAUUUGAGUUCCCUCACAUCUUCUUGUGAUCACAACCAGCAUCACGGUUGAAUCCAUCCCAACGUUCCUGACUGAACUCAAAAGUCCAGGAUCAGGCCUGCUGCGGUUCUGCUCGUCUUCGGUUCUCCAUCUGAUUCAGGCUCGGUCCAUUUCUCAUGUGAGAUUCUUAAGCUUUGUCCUUUCACCACCUGUUCUGCCACACACUUGUUUUGAAAAACCAAACAUUCUCAUGACUUACUGUCUGUUUCAACUCCUUCCUGCCCUUUCAGAUAAAUGAAACAUGACUCUGCUUCUCACCUUGGUGAUGGCCAAGAUAGACUCUGCCCCUGCAGGUGAUCGAGGAAACUGCAGAAAAAUUCAUUCAAAUGCAGAAGGUGAUUUCAAGGUGCUUUUUCUAAGGAAGCUGCUCACACCACCCAGAACCAACCCUGCUGUUGACCCGUCUCAGAUCAGGACUGCAAUGUCCUGCUGCAGCGUCAUUCCGGAUCCAGACAAACCAUGAUACUACCUCUGCCAUGCUUCAGAGUGAACGACUUCAGUCAUGAAAACACUGCUGGGAACCAGAUUUCCUUCAGAUCUGUGGAGUUAUGGUUCUGUUAGAAGCCUGAAUAAUAGUGAGCGUCCCCCACGUGCACAACUCCCACCUGAAUAUUCCACACAAAUGCCAGAAGAAAAUGUUUUUAUUGGAAUUUUUAAAACGGUAGAAAAAAAAAAAACGUUAUCUCAAACGCUAAACACAGUUUAGAAAAAUAAAGGUCCAGGAAGAACAGCUGUGAGUGACCAGGUUUUAUUGAAAGUUCAGGUGUGCUGAAGUCUUCAGAGGACUCUGUCACAUGUUCAGCAUUAAUGUUUUUGUUUCACAACAGAAGCAGAAAGUCUGAGCCAGAUUAAGGUUAAAAGCCUCCAGCAGGGGGCAGAAAACUGUUACGGUCUCCUGAACACACUAAGAUUUAAACUUCUUUUAAAUCUUCAGACUUUCACACUGCUGCCAGAAGAGGGAGCAGCAUGUUUGUGUGAACUCACUCCUCGCUCAGUUUCACUUCUGCUCCUCUGAAGGUCGGGUUCAGGUUUCCUCUGCAGAUCACCUGCUGGACCGUCUACACUGCAGGGCUCACACCUGUUCACUUCCUUCCUAUGUUCUCAUGUCUUCACGUCGCUGCAGAAGGAGGAGCCUCAGCGGCCGGACCGUUGUGAGUCUGAGUCUCAUGUCCGUGCACGCUCUCAUGUGUGCGCUAAUGUCUGUGUUCCCGUGUCAUCCGAAGGUUGUGGAGCAGACAGUGAAGCUGGCAGCUCCUUCACAGCUUCAAGCUAAACUAACAAAACCGUAAAGGAUUCCAAGUCCUGCCUAUGAUGGAAGCACGUUUCAGCUUUAGGUCAGUUUCAGCUCAUUUCUGGUUGUUUCUGUACUGGACCGUGCUGAGAGAACCAUCCUCAGGUGAGGAGAGACUGCUUUAAUAAAAGAUUCAAACAUCA